AUGCUUGGGCUGUUCAGCGAUGCCGAAGAAUCCAAAAUGCUUAAAUGGUGUCCAUACAUGGACAAGCAUCAGGACAUCCUCAACUUCCUCCUGACAAGUAAGCAGAGCUACGCCCUCUACAGCGAGACUCUCCAUCGACACAAUGUCCGAUAUGGAGGAUGCUCGGUCCUAGCAUGGGCCGCGAGGGCAAAGAACAUGGCCUUGGCCAUCAAGACCCUCGAGACUCCCAAUGUCGAGAAGUAUGCCCCCAAGGAGCUGUGGGCUAACGUGCUCCAGCUUGCGGUAAGCAACGGCAACCUGGACCUGGUGAGGUUGCUGUUCGAGUUGAAGACGGUCCAGACGAGCAUCAAGCUAGCGUCCGAUAACAAGCUUGUCACAGGUUUGGAUCUGCCGACCACCUCCGACCUUGAUACACAGUUCUUGAGGCCUAUGUCUGACGCCGCAGACAAAGGCCUGCAAGAGAUUGUAGAUCUCUAUCUCUCCCACGGAGCCAGCAUGCAUCUGUUCGACUUCACGGGAUGGACGCCUCUGCACUAUGCCGUCUCCUCGAACACAUUGGACCUUGCCAGACACUUGCUGGACAACCACGGAGCCAACCCCAACGGCCCUCCCAGCAAAUCUCCCAUCGUGACCGCAGCUCGCAACGGCCACCCGAGAAUGGUGGAGCUGCUGCUCUCUCGCGGCGCUGACCCCAACAUCAAUGUGAACGGUACCCCUUUCAGCCGUGCCCUCAUGGAUGCGGUCGUUGAGGGCAGCGGAGACGUGGUAAAGGUACUGCUCAACGACGACCGCGUCGACCCCAAUGCUCGCAACGCUUCAGGUAAGACGGCCUUGGAAUGGGCGAUAACCUUUGGCAGGGAUGACAUGUUGCAGCUUCUUCUCAAGGAUGGCCGGGCCGACCCGACGCUGGGAAACAACGUGAACAGGACUGCCCUGGACUUGAUCAUCGAGCACAGCAGAGUGGAAAUGGCACGCAUGAUUCUUGCAGAUGGCCGCGUCGACCCCAAUGCAAGGACACUUAACAGCGAGACUGCCUUGGAGAACGCCGUACGGAGCGCCAGUCAUGCCAUUGUUCGCCUUCUCCUUGCCGAUGACCGGGUCGACCCCAACAGCACCACACUGGAUGGCAUGACUCCCUUCCUCUUCGCUGCCGAUUCGGGCAGUGACAGCUGUCUCCAGAUCCUCCUGGCCGACAAGAGGGUCAACCUCUAUGCGAGGAACAAUGCCGGCGCCAACGCCUGGACGAUUGCCUUCCGUCGGCCCGGGAAUCGCAACCCCAGGGUGCUGCUUGAGAGCGGCGUCAUGGGCCCAAACGCAGUCGACGGCAACCUCAAGUCGCCCGUCAUGUUUGCCGCGUGUUUGCCAUCAACUAUGCUACUGAGUACGUUCAUAGGAGACGAGAGGGUGGACCUGAACAUGGCUGAUAUAAACGACCACACAGCCCUGAUGCUAGCAGUCCGGCACGACAGACCCGGGAGCGUUGCUCUCUUGCUCGACUCGGGCCGCGUCGAUGUCAACCUGCAAAGCAAGAACGGCGAGACGGCCCUCAUGAUGGCCGUCAGCUUCGGCAGAGUUGAUAUCGCCCGGCUUCUGCUCGCUUCGCCGUGCAUCGACGUCAACCUGGGAGACUGCAACGGGAUGACGGCACUGGCUAUGGCCUACGCCAUGACAAGCCUCCAGCUGGUGGAGAUGAUUCUCGACACAGGUAGGGUAGAGUUUGGAAAAGCCGUACGGCCCAAGAAGAUCGAGGGGUUUGACGCCGGGCUUGUUUCGUUUAAGUCCGAGAUCGAAACAAGGGACGCGCGGUAUCUGGACGCAAUGAUCCAGAUGUACGCCAAGGCCGAUCAGCUCAACGCAAAAGACAGAGACGGACUUACCAUGCUCGAAGCAGCGGUACAGAUCAAUGAUAAGUACACUGUCGGUCUACUGCUGAGCACCGGCAAGGUGUGUGUGGCACCCAAGGCGUUGGAGUGUUGUCGAGACGACACGGUCCGACAGAUGGUGCUCGAGUAUCGCUCCAACACUAGUAACUGUGCUGGGCUUUGA